UUUGACCCCGAUGAUCAUUCCCAUCGUCGCUUCAACCCGCUCCUGGAUGAAUGGGUCCUGGUCUCUCCGCAUCGCAUGAAGCGACCGUGGAAAGGCGCGAUUGAAGACCCUUUUGACUUUGCCAGCAUCCCCAAGCAUGAUCCCACCAACCCCCUGGCUCCCGGUGGGCCUCGCCCGGGUGGAUUGCACAACCCCAUGUAUGAGUGCACUUACGUGUUUGACAACGACUUUCCUAGCCUGACCGACUCGCUUCCCCAACCAAGUAUGCUCCGCAACGAGCUCAUGCAGCUUGCUGGCGUGCGCGGCUGCUGCCGAGUCAUGUGCUUUCAUCCAGACAGCAACGUGACGCUGCCCCUCAUGACCGUGGCGGAGAUUCGCAAGGUCAUCGACACUUGGGCAGAGCAGAUGAUCGAUCUCGGUUCGCGCUUCAAGUGGGUUCAGCUUUUUGAGAACAAGGGGCAAGCCAUGGGUUGCUCCAACCCGCACCCACACUGCCAGAUUUGGGCCACGGGACAUCUGCCCAAUACGGCUGCGCGCAAGGAUCAAGCUCAGCUGGCUUGGUUCAAAAAGCACGGCUCACCCAUGUUGAUGGAUUACAUCAAGCUGGAGCUCGAGGCCAAGGAGCGCAUUGUGGUUGAAAACGAGCAUUGGUGUGCCGUUGUGCCUUGGUGGGCGUUGUGGCCAUAUGAGACGCUUGUGCUGCCCAAGCGUCACGUUCUUCGACUGCAAGACCUCACGCCAGAGGAGCGCGACGCCUGCGCCGAUAUCACAAAGCGCCUGACAAUCAAGUACGACAACCUCUUCCAAACAUCUUUCCCCUAUUCCAUGGGCUGGCACGGUGCACCAACUGGUGAGAUCCCGACAUCUUAUUGCCAGCACUGGCAGCUGCAUGCCAUCUACUAUCCCCCUCUUUUGCGCUCGGCUUCGGUCAAGAAAUUUAUGGUGGGUUAUGAGCUGCACGCUGAAGCACAACGUGAUCUCACUGCCGAGCAGGCGGCACGCAAGUUGCGGGAUCUUCCUGCCGAACACUACUUUACCGCCCAGCAGAAAGCAGCUGAAUAA